AUGACCCAACCACAACCACCGAUCGCCUCCUGCCCGCUGACCACCCAACGCGCCCCUGACAUGCCCGCCCGCCCCGCGACCCUCCCCCACCGCCUCACGGGCAUCUUCACCUCCCUCUCCCACAACAACCGACGCUGGUCGCUCCUGCGCACCCUCCAAAGCGACAACCCGCUCGACAUCAACGGCGAGCUCCGCGGCACGGCAACCUUCACGCCCCUUCGCCGCCGCCGCCGCCGCCCCGCCACGGAGGACAAGCCGCACGAGAUGCUCUACCGCGAGGAGGGCGAGCUCCCGAAUACCUUCGGGAUGGGCCUGCGGUGGACGAAGAAGUAUAUCUGGCAGCGCGGCGAGCAGGGGGCGAUCAGCGUGUGGUUUGUCAAGGUGAAGCCGAGUGCGCGGCGGCAGGGAGCAGCAACAACCGCCGAAGAAGAGGAAGAAAAGGAGGAGGAGGAGGAGGACGAGGACGAGGCGGAUUACCUGUUCCAUGAUUUCGAUUUCGAGGUGGAGGCAGAGCCAGAGCCAGAGGCGGACGGGGAGGGGGAGACGUUUGUGGCGCCGCCUGCGCCCCCGGCGGUUGCGGAGGGGGACCAGGGUGAGACGGACGUUGUCCUGGCGAGGGGCAACCACCUGUGCAUCAAUGAUAUGUACCGCACGGCGUAUGCGUUUCGGAUCCGGCGCGCGUCUGGGGAGGUGGUGAGCUGGUCCAGUCGGCAUGUGGUCAAGGGGCCGAAGAAGAAUCAGGAUAUUGUGAAUCUGUACAGGUUGGAGGAGUAA